UGUUCAAGUCGUAGGAUGUUUUACUGUCAAAAGGAAGGCAACUACACAUUUGUAAACAAAUCAAAGAGUUGGGAUGAUGCCUCUUCGUACUGCGAGAAAAACUAUAAACAUCUGGCGACUUUCGAACGCUCCAAUAUGGAAAAUAUAUUCACUGAGAAGGACUUUCCCGUCUGGGUUGGAAUGCGCAGAGAAGGGGAUAUAGUCACAUGGACCUCAGGAAAUUCAAAUUAUGAAAACUGGACAGAAGGUGAGCCAAGAGACGGCUAUGACUGUGUCACCAUCUCCUCACAGACCAAGCUGAUGGCCACCGAAAACUGUAGCGUCGAUCUACCCUUCGUCUGCAUGUAUGAGGUGAAUAGUAACGUUCUCCUGGUGAAGGAGAACAAGAGCUGGGAGGAGGCGCUAGAACACUGCCGAGGCCUCAGUAACAGUGUCCUUCGCUACGAUCUGGUCAGCGUGCAACCCGGAGACGAACACGAGCGCACAAUGAGCAAGGCCAUGGAGGCUGACACAGAGGAGGUGUGGACCGGCCUGCGUUUUCUGGGUGAUGAGUGGCUGUGGGUGAACGGGGAAAGUACGAUGGGCAGCUAUGAAGGUAUGCGCGGCGGCGUUCCGAAGCUCGCCGCGGCCGGGCCGGCCCCCUUAAAAAUCGGCGGGCAAGCCGGGCAGGUGCAGAGCGGAUCCCCGCCCGCCACGCCGCCGCCGCCGUCCCGCCGCCGCGCACGGCGGCCGUGCGGCGGCCCCCCAAAGAAGGCUCUUCUCCGCUCGCAGCGCGGGCUCCAUCCACAGUGUGGCGCCCGGGGGUAG